AUGCUUCAGCUUUAUUUCGUUGGUAUUAUUUAUGUGUUAAUUUUCAUUCCACAUACAGUUAAUACUUUUUUUCUUCAAAAUGUGACUAAUAUCAAUGCUCCACACAGUCUUGGAUGUCAAUUAAAUAAUAAUCAGCUGCCACCAAGAGGUUUAGAAUUAUGUGCUAUUCGUGUUUAUAGUGGUUUGAAUGGAUCACAAGAAAUAUCGUUCACUCUAUAUGAUGGUCUUCGAUAUAUGAAUACAUUUCGUCGAAUUAUUGAAAAGAACUGCAACAAUACUGUAAAUAUAUCACAAGCUGGUACCGGUGCAUGGUCAUGUGGCGUACGACUACCAUUCGAAUCAUACACAGUUAUGCAAAUCUGUGUUUGUGCAAGUGAGGACUGUAAUACAAACUUCGAUACUUGUCGAAAUUCAACUAUGAAUACUACGAAUAUGUCAUCAUUGAUGAAUUUUAUGCCUAAUCUAACUUCCAUUAUUCAAUGUGAUGAUACAUUGAAUGCAUCUAAUAUAUGUACAGAACAUCCAUUUAUAAAUGUUUCACUUUGUCAAGACUACGUCAGAAAUGCAAGUGUAUUGUGUGCUAUUACAAUAAAUAAUUCAACGACAACACAACAAUCGCUCAUUUAUGAAAAUUACGAAAUUUAUCUUUCUGAAAAAGUUUAUCAAGCAAGAUCAAUACCUUCUAAUGCUUCGAAUAAUACAUUUAAUGAAACAGCAACCAAUGUCUAUUAUAAGUAUACUGAUUCUACUGCACUACCUAUUGAAGAAUGUGUUUGUACAAAUUCUUUUUGUAAUCAAAAUAUUACUAUAUGUGCACCACAAACGAUAAUAAUUCCUACAUCAUCUACAACAACACAAGAAUCAAAAACGACAUCCAGUUCAAAUCAACAAAAUUCAGUACAGGGUGAACCAGGUUUUGGUAAAGCAGCAAGUGCUGGUCUUGCUUGUGGAAUUAUUUUUUCUGCUGUCAUAUUCAUUGGUGAAAUUAUCUUCUUUAAAUUUUUCUAUUCCGGAGGUGCCGCUAGUGGUGGUUUCGAUCGAUCAGUUGCUUAUCGAGCGUGA